CAACGCCCAAAGCCGGUAAAAGGGGUUGACAUGCAUCCGCUAAAGCUGCUUGCAUUUAUCUGCAGCCUCAUAGCGGGUGCUUCCUAACCUAUGCCUGAGACGUGUUAUCAGAUGCUGCGGAAACUGCAGUAAAACGCCAGCAGCAACGUCCCUUCGAGUUACAGACAUUAUUUUUGCUUUUGCUUUUGCUCUUAGUCCAUUGAUAGUCGGAUCAGGGAUUUGUUGUACAGAAGUUCACCAGCUGAUUCACCUAUCGCUCAAAUGGCUACAAAGAUAGAUAAAGAGGCGUGCAGAGAGUCAUAUAACCUCGUCCGGGAUGAUAACAACGAUGUCAAUUGGGUUAUUUUUAAAUACGAUGGGCACCUUAUUGUUCCUGACUCACAAGGCACAAAUUAUGAGGACUUUAAACUUCAUUGCACGAAUGAUCGUAUUUUGUUUGGGUUUCAUCGAAUCAUCACUGGAGAUGCCAUGAGCAAACGUGCCAAGUUUGCUCUCAUCACCUGGAUUGGAGAUGGCGUUGCUGUACUGCAGAGAGCCAAAGUCAGCACUGAUAAAAGUUUGGUGAAGGAAGUAGUACAGAACUUUGCUAAGGAGUUUGUCAUCUGUGACCAACAAGAAUUGGCUGAGGAAUAUAUCAAACAAGAACUAGAGAAAACUGGAGGAGCCAAUUAUGAUGCACAACUUGAAUGAAGUGUAUUAGCAACCUUCUACCUGCUGCUUGGCUAUAAGGAUGUGGAGAAAAUUGGAUGGGUAUAUAGUUGCACCUCUACCCACAUCAACCCCCAUGGGACAUGUAGUCAUUCAGCAUUGUGAAUGCCCUCUUAAAUUUUGUUUUGGAGGUGCGUGUAAGAGUCCACCGGCACAGUCAAAAGCGCUUCAUCAAUUUAUUGGUUUGUUUUGUUUUACAUUGCGUGGUUGACACAAUUACUCCCUUUUUUUUUCCCCAAAUGGUCCUAGGAGGCGAAUGCUUAUUUUGUUUCAAUUUUUAUAUGCAAGUUUCCCAGGCUCCUUGUUCUGGAAACUUAAGUGAAAGAUAUCUGUUGGAGGGUUUGGGGAAAUAGAUGGUGAUUAUGCAUUCUCGAAUAAAUUUUUUUUCAAAAAUGAAAUGUGUUUUUAUUUUAAUAAAGCAACUUUUAAUGAAUCUAGAGCUAGAAGCUAUUAAUCUUGAUUGUGCUUGUGAGAUGCGUAGUAAGCACAUUUGGCUGGCAGUGGUUGCUGCAGCAACUGUAACCUGAUGGUAGGAUUGAGUAUUCUAUGAUGUCCCCUGGAUGGUAACUGCCUUGAUCACACAAUCAUUUUAAAUUAUGCAAUUCACUGUCUCCUCAUGAUGCCGGAGCAAAAUUUCAUAACCAGUGGCGUUCUAUUCAGUAAUGUUGCUGAGUGCGUUGGUAAAAUUCCAAGGAUUGCAAGUUCAAAUUCCUCCUACAAAUAUGCAGAAGCUAAAUAAAGAGUACCAGCAAUUGCUAUUUAUCGCACCUAUUGGCUAUAAAUGUUGAAGAGCUGACUUUGCAGCCACUGUUUCUUCCUUCUUCCUUCCUUGUUUAAUACCAUUUAACACCAAAAAACACUCUCUUUACAACUUUUAUUUUAAAGUAACUUGGGAUGAUUAAUCUUUAUUUUCUGUAAGUUUACAUUUACUAGCUCCUUGGCAAAAGGAGUGCUAUGUGAGCCACUGUCUAGUUUUGUUCCCUCAUUGAACCAUGGGGUGGGGUGGAUGGUCAUUUACAUCUUGAAUGUAAUAGAAGUUAAAGGAGGCCAUGAAAAAUCCAGCAUCUUGAGCACACCACUUUCAGAUUAAAAAAAAAUAACAUUUGUAUAGCAACCUUUAGUAUGAAAUGCCACGGUAUUUCAGGAGCUUUAUUGAACAAGAUGUGACAUGGAUCACAAUAAAAGAACCGCUAUCAAUGGUGAAUGAUAGUUAAUUGGGGUUCUGCAAGAGGCUGAAAUUAGAGCUUGGAGUUUUGUAAGGGUGAAGAAGGUUAGCAGUUGGGCAAGGCAAAGGUAAAAUAGAGACUUAAAGGUUUUUUAAAAUUGGGGUUCAGCAUUGAUCAGUGAACACAAGGCAAUGGGUAAAUGGAACUUGGUGAGAGUCAGGAUUGGUACAGUGGAGCUUUAAAUGGGCUCAUGUUUAUGCAGAGGGUGCAGAUGGGAAAUUUGUUUGAGACAGUUACUAUUCAAAAAGUACAGUUGAGGCAUGAUUUCAGUGUUCAAUGCAGCCCAUGACUGCAAAUCUGCAAAAGUUGGAGAUUAAUCCGUUUGCUUAAUCCCUGUCUGAGGCAGCAUUCCACAGGCACAUGUUCAAACAAAAAAAUUGCAGUGGAUUGAGAAGAACACUGUGACCAGUCAAUUCACAUAGGUGCAACUAAUCAAUCGAUGUAAUGAGAGGUCAAGGCUUAGCUGCGCCUAGCAAGCAAAUGAUUUGGUCUGUAACAAAGGGGUUUGAUGUUUUGCUUAUCAAGCUUUAUGUAAACAGUAAUUAUAUCAUGGGCAAGAUAUCAACAGCUAAUUCCAUUUGUGUCUCUACAUCACGUUGCAGUUCCUGUUUCUUAAAGUGCCAGACUAUUCUCUGUCCUUGAAGCUUUGCUGAGUGGAUAUUUUGUGUUUUUUUUAAAAAAGUAGUGCUACAAAUGGUGACACAAGUUACAAUGACAUGCUUGUGACUUUUUAUUGAGAAUUUUAAAGAGUUGUACAGAUUCCUAAGACACACUCUCCUGUAGCCCUUCUCACGAGUCCAGUCUUGUGAAAUUUUCUUUUUGCUGAAUCGUAACCAGGGAUCAAUGGAUGAGAUAUUUUGGUUACUACCCUUUAUUAAACUAGAUUGAUGUCAUAACAUACAAAGAUUUGGAUUUUUGAAAGAAAACCUGGACUAUUUAUAGCCAGUAUUUACCAUCUGAAAUUCAAGUAAAGACUGGACUUUCUUGUUAGAAGUGACAAUGAGCUUACUAUCAUCUUGUAUCUUGCUGUAACGUGAAUCGGUAGCAAUAAAACACUUGUAAUUUCUCAGCAGUUGGAAGAAUGGGAAAUAUGCUGAGCAAACUGAUGCAUGAUUUCCAUAAACAAAUGACCUAGACAGUUGACAUCCAUUAACCUUGAUGACUGGGAAUGUAGCUUGAAGGUGCAUUUGAAUAAAGGCAUAAAUUGGAAUUUUGAGGGCAAGAGUGAAUGAAUUGUUCUGUUUGUUGAGUUUUAUUGGUUGUUUGAGUAUUAUACAACCAUCAUAAUUAACUUAGCUGAACCAACUUACAGCCCUUCAAAGAACUGCACCAAGCAAAAGCUUCAUUUGUUCCACAAAUGCUUUACACAAUAAAAUUAUGCAAGUAUAA